AUGGAAAAGCAGUUUUCAGCUACCGAUUGGGCAGUAUUUGCUAUUACAUUAGUGAUACCAUCUUGCAUUGGUAUUUAUCAUGGGGUUACCGGCGGUAGACAGAGAACAACAAAAGAAUUUCUCAUGGCUGAUAGAAAAAUGAGCUGUCUACCCGUAGCAGUUUCUAUACUGGUGUCUUUUCAAUCUGCUAUACUCAUUUUAGGUGCACCGGCAGAGAUGUACACAAAAGGAACACAGUAUUAUUUAUACACAUUUGGACAAAUGUUGGCAGUAGUGAUGGCAACCAUCUUAUUCGUACCGUUAUUUUAUCCCCUUAAAAUGACAAGCAUGUAUGAGUACUUGGAGCUUCGUUUCAAGUCAAAGGCUGCGAGACUAACAGGAACCAUUAUUAACAACUUGUCAACGUUGAUUUAUACAGGAAUAGCAAGUUUUUCACCAUCAACAGCUCUUCAAGCAGUUAGCGGCUUCCCAGACUGGGCAUCUUUCCUGUUGAUUGGUGUAAUAUGCACGUUUUACACUUUUAUGGGAGGACUGAAAACUAUAGUGUGGGUGGACGUUUUUCAAGCAAUUAUCAUGUUAUCGGGAAUAUUGGCAAUAGUCAUAAAGGCUACAAUAGAGGUUGGUGGUAUUAACCAUAUUUGGAAUUUAAAUGACGAAUGGGACCGAAUAAACUUCUGGAACUUUGAUCCAGAUCCCACUACAAGGCAUACAUUUUGGGCACUGGUUAUUGGUGGAAUGAUAAAUUGGGCAGGUACAUAUGGAGCUAAUCAGGCUAGUAUCCAACGGUAUAGUUCCUUGCCUACUCUUAAAGAUGCUAAAAGAGCUGUAAUGAUGAACUGUGUUGGGGUAUUUCUCUUGUUGACGCUUGCGUGUUUAUCAGGAAUUUCAGUUUUUGCAUUUUAUGCAGACAAAGGAUGUGAUCCAUUAUCUCAUGGAGACAUAAAAAACUCCAAUCAGAUAAUUCCAUACUUUGUAUCUGACAUGUUGGGAUAUCCCGGGGUACCUGGAUUAUUUAUUGCAUGCCUGUUUUGCGGAGCAUUGAGCUCACUAUCAUCUAAUCUCAGUUCCAUGGUAGCUGUUACCUGGGAAGAUGUUAUGAAACCAUACUUUAAAAAUAAAUCAGAGGAAAAUAAGGCAUGGAUUACUAGAAUCCUAGUUAUAGUCUAUGGAGCAUUAGGAAUUGGAGUAACAUUCUUAUUCAAAAAUUUGAAAGGAACUGUAUUGCAGGCUUCGUUGAGUUUUAUGGGCGCUGCAGGUGGAGCAUUGAAUGGAUUAAUAAUGUUAGGAGCCUUUUUUCCAUGGGCAAACUGGAAGGGGGCUGUUGCUGGUAGUUUAACAUCAUAUGUUAUAACUAUGUGGGUUGGCAUUGGUAAAUAUACCGUUGUUGGCAUAAAAGAGAAUCUACCAUUCCCAAACAGUACAUGUGGCGAUUCCAAUCACAACAAUACGGACCAUAUUUACUCAACAAUGCUACCAUUUAAUGUCACAUAUCAUACAAGUGAAUACUUUACAGACUUUGGACAUUCAAUUGACAGCAAUACAGCUAAAAACGAAUUAUCAGGGUUGCAUCAAUUUUAUAGCCUUUCUUACCUUUGGUAUUCAGCGUUUGGUAUGAUUAUUGCAUUUGUUGUUGGUUUGAUUGUCAGUUUUGCAACAGGCCCAACAAAGCCAGAAGACAUUGACCCAAAGUAUAUGAUUCCAAUUUUUGAUAAAUUAUUUUGGUGCUGUCUACCAAACAAAAUCCUCGAAUAUCUCCACUGUGGAGUAGAUUAUAGUAUACAGGAAAUAGAAGAUGACGAGGAUACCAAAACUGAGGCUACUACCUUUGGCAGUUCUAGUAAUAUGUCAGCACUUGGAUCAGAAACAUUUGUUUAUAAAUUCUAAUAAUAGCUAUAUGUUUAAUUUGAAAUACAUGUACCAUUUGAACAAUAUUACCCUAGAAAUAUUACGUUAAGAUGUAAAAUGUAAAUAAAGGUAGUUUAAUAUAGUUGGAAUGAUUUUAAAAUGCGAAUUGGAUGUCCAUUGUAUAAUGUUGAUUGAACUGUUUUAUUUCUGGAAGGAACAUGCAGAAGUCGUGAUAAGAGUAAAUGAAGCAUCAAACAAUUCGUCAACUGUUGUUCUGCGUGUAUAAGGAAAUUGUGCAAUGUGCAUUGAUCUUAAAAACUGGGAGGAA